GACGUCGUUUGCAAAAAGGUCAACCCUCGCCCCUCGGCAUGUCGCCGGGUCCUAGCUCUUUUUUCCUCUGUCUCAGAGACAAGCCUAGUUCACACUCCGGAGCUCAAGGAGAGCUUUUAUUUUCAUAUUUUUUCGUGCAAAUAACCAUUUUUUAUUCUUAAAGCGUCUCUGAAUGGUCAUUUUGAUUUCGACCCAAAAAGGAAAGCUCGUUUGAUUCUUCAGAGGCCAAUUCCUUGUUUUCACAAUUCUACGUCGCUCCUCCAGAUAAGCUGAGUUGAGGCUAUGGCUGGUGCUGAGGCAAAAAAGUCAAAAGCCAAUGCAAACAGUGGUGGAAAAAAGAAGGAAGUAAAGAAAGAAACUGGUUUAGGUCUCUCCAAUAAGAAAGAUGAUAACUUCGGAGAAUGGUACUCGGAGGUUGUUGUCAACGGUGAAAUGAUUGAGUACUAUGAUAUUUCAGGAUGUUAUAUUCUGAGGCCAUGGACUAUGGCAAUAUGGGAGAUAAUGGAGGCCUUCUUUGAUGCAGAGAUAAAGAAGAUGAAAAUUAAGAACUGUUACUUCCCCCUGUUUGUGUCUCCUGGUGUUUUGGAGAAGGAGAAGGAUCACAUUGAGGGUUUUGCUCCAGAGGUUGCUUGGGUCACAAAAUCUGGAGAAACAGAUUUGGAAGUGCCAAUUGCAAUUCGCCCCACCAGUGAAACUGUCAUGUAUCCCUGUUAUUCUAAGUGGAUAAGGGGACACAGGGACUUGCCUUUGAAACUAAACCAGUGGUGCAAUGUUGUUCGUUGGGAGUUCAGCAAUCCGACCCCAUUCAUUAGGAGUCGUGAAUUUCUUUGGCAGGAAGGGCAUACUGCUUUUGCAACCAAGGCGGAGGCAGAUGAAGAGGUCCUUCAAAUAUUGGAAUUAUAUAGGCGUAUAUAUGAAGAAUUUCUGGCAAUUCCUGUUGUAAAAGGCAAGAAGAGUGAGCUAGAGAAGUUUGCUGGUGGACUUUAUACAACAAGUGUUGAGGCUUUCAUUCCAAACACUGGUCGUGGAAUACAAGGUGCAACCUCGCAUUGUUUGGGUCAGAACUUUGCAAAGAUGUUUGAGAUAAAUUUUGAAAAUGAGAAGGGAGAAAAGGCUAUGGUCUGGCAGAAUUCUUGGGCAUACAGUACUAGAACGAUUGGGGUGAUGGUGAUGGUUCAUGGAGAUGACAAAGGCCUGGUGCUGCCACCGAAAGUGGCAUCUAUCCAAGUUAUUGUGGUUCCAGUGCCUUAUAAAGAUGCUGAUACCCAAGCAAUCUUUGAUGCCUGUACUGACACUGUAAAGUCCUUGACUGAGGCCGGAUUUCGUGUUGAGGCAGACUUGAGGGAUAAUUAUUCUCCUGGUUGGAAGUACUCACAUUGGGAAAUGAGAGGUGUUCCUUUGAGGAUUGAAAUUGGACCUAGGGACCUGGCUAAUUGUCAGGUACGUGCUGUUCGUCGUGACAAUUCAGCUAAGACUGAUAUACCUAUGGCCAGUUUGGCUGAACAAGUAAAGAGCACGUUGGAUAACAUUCAACAGAGCCUGUUUGAUGCUGCUAAACAAAAACGGGAUUCUUGCAUUAGGAUUGUAAAAUCCUGGGACGACUUUAUGGAGGCACUUGGUCAAAAGAAAUUGAUCUUAGCUCCUUGGUGUGAUGAGGAGGAGGUGGAGAAGGAUGUGAAAGCACGGACAAAGGGUGAGAUGGGUGCAGCAAAGACCCUAUGUUCUCCAUUUGACCAGCCAGAACUCCCUGAAGGAACUGUUUGCUUUGCCUCAGGGAAGCCUGCAAAGAAAUGGACCUACUGGGGCAGGAGUUAUUAAUUGUUUGGGAAGAGUUUCUCAUGUCCUCUUCUCCCUGCAAUGCUUAGCUAAUUUCUCAUUGCAUUUAGUAUCUGGAGAUUGACAAGGGAAAGGAUUUCCCUUUUGCUUCCUUGAACCCAAUGGAGAAUAGUUUUUAAUUGGAAAACAAAAAGUUUAUAUAUCAUAAAAAAUAUUUCCAAGUAA